UAACUUCACUCCGUUUCCCGUCAGAAUCGCCAACACUCCAAAAUCGCGACAUCAAGCCCACUACGCGUAUCUACGGCCGAGACCUUUUCCACGGCUACUUUACGGUGUGCACGUGUGAUUUAUUUCUUCUGAUUUAGUUUUGUGUUGCAAUAAACAUUAUAAUUUAACCUCAAAACUUCAAAAUGUCUAUCCGACCUGUGUAUCGCCCGAAGAUUGUCAAGAAGCGAACGAAAAAGUUCAUUCGCCAUCAAUCUGACCGAUAUGAUAAACUUAAGAGAAACUGGCGUAAACCAAAAGGUAUUGACAACAGAGUACGUCGUCGUUUCAAGGGCCAAUUUUUGAUGCCCAACAUUGGUUAUGGAUCCAACAGCAAGACCCGUCAUAUGUUACCUACUGGAUUCCACAAGGUUUUGGUACAUAAUACCAAGGAACUUGAAAUCCUAAUGAUGCAGAAUAGGACAUACUGCGCUGAAAUUGCACAUGGUGUUUCUUCGAAGAAACGUAAAGAGAUCACAGAGAGAGCCAAACAAUUGUCCAUCAGAGUCACAAACGGCAAUGCCAGACUCCGCUCACAAGAAAAUGAAUAAAUGAUUGUAUAACUUCAUAUAAUAAAACGC